UACAUAACCUUUAUGCUCCACUUUAUUCUUAAACGAGAGGUCUCAGUUAAUUGCAAAAGUGUUCUUUAGUGCAAUAAAUCAAAACAUGAUUCGUUUUGCAGCCAAACAGUUAUUUAUCAACAGAAAUUUUAGUACGAAAUUUAAUGAAAUCAGCAAUCUUGUUAAGAAAAAUAAAGUAGUCGUCUUUAUGAAAGGUAUUCCAGAAGAGCCAAGAUGUGGAUUUAGCAAUGCGGUAGUUCAAAUAUUACGUAUGCACGGUGUUACUUAUGAUGCUCAUGAUGUUCUCAAGGAUGAAGAACUUAGACAAGGUAUAAAAGACUUUUCUAAUUGGCCUACAAUACCACAAAUAUUUAUAAAUGGUGAUUUUGUGGGUGGCUGCGACAUACUCUUAGAAAUGCAUAAAAAUGGAGACCUUAUUGAGGAAUUGAAGAAAGCUGGUAUUACUAGUGCCCUUUUGGAAAAAGAAGAUUCCUCUCAAAGUGGUGUCAACAAAUCUAAAGAAUAAAUUUUGUUUUAAAUUAUCUUGUAAAUAAACAACCAUGUCUUGUAUGGAUAGAAAGAUAGUCGCUUUUUGUUAUAAUAAACAUUUUUUGUUAAUAUUAAACAUAAUUUUAACCACAAUGCAGAUAUAAUGCAUAUAUAAAUCGAUGUUUAGUAAUGAUGUAAAUUUCUUCAAUUCGAUUUCUUCAAUUCGAGAAAUUCGAUAUUUGAAGAAUAUGUUAUAGAUUUUUAAGUUCUUUUCGAAGAAUUUUUCCAGCUGCAGAUUUUGGAAUACUUUCUAUAACUUGUACAUAUCC